AUGUUAGCUACUACUAUCAGGAAUCUAUUAGUGAUGUUAGUGUGGUAGUACCACUAACAACGGCCGACUUUCAUACUGUACAGUACAGAUGUUACCACUGAUAGCACUAACAACAUAUACUUUGAUUCCGCUUAUCAUCCGGAUUUGUUUUAGAAUAUUCAGCAUCAGAAGCCAUCCAAUGAAAGCCUUCCUUGCAAUUUAAAAACCAUUCCAUGGAAGUAUAAAAAGCACGAAUAUUUAAUUUUCGACAUUUGUUACAGUUUCAGAUAUACAGUAAAAAUGAUGAAGAGAUCAAGAGAAGAUUAUUCACAUAAUAUGAAUGUGAAGUUGGAGGAAGCCUGGAAAGGGGGAAUGAAGUAUGCCGGAAAAAGAUGUAAGGAUGAGAUAGAGGAAGUUGCCAAUUCUUUGGCAAUUUCAACAGAGAGGGUCAAGGAAUGGAUUGGCAAUAGAAAUGCCAAAGAAAGACGAGAAAAUGGAGAGGGUAAACCUAUGAAAAGAAAGGCAGCAAUAACAACAGGGACCAAUUCCUAUGCCUUGUUUGCUAAAACAGUUAAAAGGGGAACAAUGGAUGGUCCCACAUAUUGCAAACAUAUUGCAAAUGAGUGGGGAAAAUUGGACGAGAGAGAAAAGGAGGUCUUCAGGGAAGAUGCACAGCAGAUUAGGCUUGAUCCCUAUAAAGGAAAGCCUAGGGAGGCUGUGAUAUCAGCACAGCUUAACAUUAUUGGCCAGGCUUGUCAAACUUUGAAUUCCAUUGGAUAUGCAGUUUGUGGAUUAGGCUGUGAUAGGGAGAAGGAGGCAGCACCUGAUUUCUUUGGUACACAAGAUGCUGCCCCAUUUUUUGAUUUUGACCUGCAAGAGAAAUUUAUUUUGUUCGUUUCAGGUAAUUUAUUUCAGGAAAAAAAAAUUAAAGCUACAAAACCUGAUCAAACUAUCUGCAAUGAAGAAGAAAAGAAAGAGCUAAGACAGCUUGUAAGAAAGCAUUUUAAUGCAGCUUGGGCCAUUUCAACUAAAUUGGCAACCCCAGUUCCGUACAAGGAAAUUACAGCAGGGAAUAUAUUGGUAGAAGUUGAAGGAUUGCCAGAGGGCAUUACUUUGAAGGACCCAUCAUCAUAUGGAAAAGAGACUCUGAAGGAGUUGAUUAAAACAGAGAUGAAAUUUCAGAUCAGGAAUAAAGAACUAACAGAAGAUGUUGUGAAUUCAAAUGGAGACACUGUUGAAAAUAAAGCAUCAACAUCAGGGGAAGAUGUAGAAAAAAGAAAAUCAAAAGGAAAGAGUAAAGGAGAUGUGAAAAAAAGAAACCUAGAAAGAGAGAGCAAUGGAGUUAGCAAAAGUAAUGUAUUUGAAAAACCAGGAUGUAGCACUGAUGUAAACAAAAGAAAAAAAGAAUAUAAGAAAAGCAAUGGAGAAGGAAAAAAAGAAAAGCAAAAACCAGUGGAAAGUCAAAGAGGUGUAGAGUUAUCAUCAGAAGAUGUGGAGAUGUUAAGUCCUCUCUUAUUAGAUGAAUCAACACAAGAGUUGGUUAACCCUACAGAAGAUGAACUGUUUGCCAUCGAAAAUGUGUUGAAAACCCGUGUGAGAAAAGGGAAAACAGAAGCCCUGAUCAAAUGGGAAGGCUUUACUAAACCAACAUGGGAGCCUCAAACAAACAUUAAAAAUAAUGUGUCUUUGUAAAAUUAAUUUAGAAUUAAUUUUUAUAUUUGUAAUGAUUAUUUAAAAAAGGCAGUAGCUAUGAAAUUAUUUUUUUGGUGAAAGAUUUGAAAUAAAAGUACUAAAAAUAUGAAUGAAAAUAUAUAAGAUUCAUAUCAUUUUAGGUAUCUGGAAAACUUAAUUAACAGUUAAAAUGCUUUUGCCUGUUUCACAAUCAUGUGUGAUGGUAAUUUGAAACAAUUACAAUAAUGAUUUAUGAUUUUUAUUCUCAAUCUAAUAUUUAACAGCCAGAUUCUAGUUCUGAAUCAUCUAUCUAGGCAUGAGUACUUGUUUGGUCUGUCUUCAUUAUAUGAAUAUGGACAGACAUAAAUUAUGGGAAAUAAUGGAUUGAAUUCUGCAACUAAAAAAUGAAUUUUCAUGGUGAGAACCUUAUGUAAUUAAGAGACCAACUUGUAGUCUAACUAAUUAUAUUCUUUUAAAGAAAUGGAAACUAUUUUUUUAAAAGAAAUCGUAGCUUCUGCCUCUUUAAAUAAGUAAUACUGUAUAAUAAUGAUGUAUGUUUACAAAAUUUUAUUUUCAUUAUUCCAAUUUUUGGGGUGAACAAAUAAGCAAAAUACUCACUUUAGUGUGAAACAAGAUUUUGUGAUGGAAUUCAAUGUUUGCCAUACCAUAGUUCACCCAAAGGUAAUUUAUGACAGUACCUUAUGACAGUACCAUUGAAGUAAUAGAAUGAGAUUUUAUGACAGUACCAAUGAUGUAAUAGAAUGAGAUUUUAUGACAGUACCAUUGAAGUAAUAGAAUGAGAUUUUAUGACAGUACCAAUGAAGUAAUAGAAUGAGAUUUUAUGACAGUACCAUUGAUGUAAUAGAAUGAGAUUUUAUGACAGUACCAUUGAUGUAAUAGAAUGAGAUUUUAUGACAGUACCAUUGAAGUAAUAGAAUGAGAUUUUAUGACAGUACCAUUGAUGUAAUAGAAUGAGAUUUUAUGACAGUACCAAUGAAGUAAUAGAAUGAGAUUUUCCAGUAUAUUUUUGCUAUGAAUAGGUUUACUAUUUGUUAAAAAUACUCCUUUGAAAAGAUGAAAUUCUGUAUAAAGUCAAUAGUUAAUUGGACAUCCAAAGUGAACAAGGGCAAGUUCAUUAUUUGAAUAAUUGAACACACGGUAUGGAAGGAUAAAUUAGUUUUUCAUAGAAAAUCUUAUCCAUGUCAAAGUAGCAUCAAUUAAGAAUCAUACAGAUUGUACUAAUUUUAAUCAAUACAAUGAGUUGAAUUUUUUGCAGAUAAAUUCUGAAAUACCUUUAACAUACGUUUACGCAAGUUAUUAAAAACAGUUGUCCUAUUAAAAAAAAAUCUAUUUUUCACUAUAAUUUUGCUGUUAUAAUUCCAAUUAAAGGCAAAUGAAAGCAGAGGUCUAAUAAAGUUACAAUUUAACCAAUCUAGUACUUUUUUUAUUAUUAAAGGGUAAUUUGAUUAUAUUUAGGCAAGAUUAAUUUACCUCACAAAAUCUGGUCAUGGUCUAAGUAAGCAAAAACGAGGAUGAACUGAAUUGGUAGUUCACAAAACCAUGACAAUAUUUUUUAAGAAAUAACACAAUUUAUGUAUUGGAACCUAGAAAACUAUUCAUUUAAUUUGUACUUUGGUUUCACUUUUACAGUUUUCUGCAAGGUUAUUAUUGU